UGCUUCUAUAUUGCGAUACGUGGUUCCAGAACCCUCUGCGCUCUGUUGUCAGCAUCCAUCUUAUAAGCAAGGAAAAUCCAGCAGCAGUUAGUUCAAGUGAAAAAAUCCAUUUCUGCAGAAGAUCAUGGCUUUCAGAUCAAUGAAUCACUGGAAACAAAUGUCCACCGCCUUACGCGGAUACGCCACCUCGACUUCCCCGAAGAUGAAACCAUACUCCCCGGCUGCCGGUGCCACCGAAAAGCCCCAACAGAGCAACUUCAAGAGGUUUAUGAGGGGCGACUUCGUGCCGGUCUACGUUGUGGUCGGGAUGAUAGCGGUGUCGGUGGGGCUGGGGCUCCAUACCGCCAAGCAGCACCUGAAGCACAAUCCCCAAGUCUACGUGAAGAAGGAACGGAGAGAGACGCUGCCGGAGGUGGUGGAGCCGGAGCGAGUGGUGGAGCAGUCUGACAAGUUCGUUAAAAAUUCGUUUUUCAGGAAGGUGGCCCAUGUUCAGGAGUUCGACGACUACAAUCACGCCGUUAAGGAUCCGAUCCAGAAAGAUGUUUUCGCUUACAAACCCGACCCGCCCCGUUCGUGAGCCAAGACUGUCAAGGACGUCGGAGUAGACCCUGUCCAUGCCCAACCCAACGCUUAGUUAUCCUUUUCCUUUUUCUUUUGUUUUUUUUUUUUUUUUUUUUACUCUCUGGUUUUUUACUUGGGUGAAUUUCUUGUAUUUAUCUUUUUUGCUUCUAUGUCUUUAUCGUGACUGUAGCGUACUGAUGAUGUUUGUUACUGUAACUCGGUACUUUGAAAAGUUAUCAAACAAGAUUUCCGUU